AGAGAACUGUCGGCUUCCUGGGGUUGCCAACCCAGACCGACCGCAACUUCCCCAGAGGAUCCACGACCCCCAGCAGCUCCCGCUGCGGCCGCCGCCUCCGCGAACCUUGUGUGCGGACCAGCGGGCAGGCGGGCGGGCGCUCGCUCGCCGGCGUCGCGCUUACGUCACGCGCGCGCUGACGUCGCCUGCGGCCGCGGCCUCUGAAGCGGGUUGGGGCGCGGGGGGCGCCGAGUUUGACUAGUUUGGGGGGCCGCUGGGUGCCUGGCGCUGCUCCCGCCGCCCGCCGCGCCCAGCGAGCCGCGCCUCGGCCGGACCGAGCGCGUCCCGCCCGUUCCCGCGGGGCCCCGCUCUGGCGGCUGGGCGGCGCUCGGCGAAAGUUGGCCCCUCACUAGCGGGCAGGCGGGCGGGCGGGCGGCCGCGGCCAUGGAGCCCCGCAGCAUGGAGUACUUCAGCGCCCAGGUGCAGCAGAAGGACGUCGGCGGCCGCUUGCAGGUCGGACAGGAGCUGCUGCUCUACCUCGGCGCGCCGGGCGCCAUCCCGGAUCUGGAGGAGGACCUGGCCCGUCUGAGCAAGACGGUCGACGCUCUCACCGGCUGGGUGGGCUCGAGCAACUACCGGGUGUCAUUAAUGGGAUUGGAAAUUUUAAGUGCCUUUGUGGACAGAUUAUCAACACGAUUUAAGUCCUAUGUAGCAAUGGUUAUUGUAGCUUUAGUAGACAGAAUGGGAGAUGCCAAAGACAAGGUUCGAGAUGAAGCUCAGACUCUGAUACUGAAGUUAAUGGAUCAGGUAGCACCACCUAUGUACAUUUGGGAACAGUUGGCCUCUGGUUUUAAGCACAAGAAUUUUCGAUCUCGAGAAGGCGUGUGUCUGUGUCUUAUUGAAACAUUAAACAUUUUUGGGGCUCAGCCACUAGUCCUCAGCAAGUUGGUACCACAUUUGUGUAUCCUGUUUGGAGAUUCCAACAGUCAGGUUAGAGAUGCUGCAAUAUUGGCUAUGGUGGAGAUUUAUAGACAUGUGGGAGAGAAAGUGAGAGUGGACCUUUAUAAGAGAGGAAUUCCCCCUGCUAGAUUAGAAAUGAUACUUGCCAAAUUUGAUGAAGUACAAAAUUCAGGCGGUAUGAUUUUGAGUGCCUGCAAAGAUAAAAGCUUUGAUGAUGAAGAAUCAGUGGAUGGAAAUAGGCCAUCAUCAGCUGCUUCGGCCUUCAAGGUUCCUGCACCUAAAACAUCCGGAAAUCCUGUCAACAGUGCAAGGAAGCCUGGUUCAGCAGGUGGCCCUAAGGUUGGAGGUGCUUCUAAGGAAGGAGGUGCCGGAGCAGUUGAUGAGGAUGAUUUUAUAAAAGCUUUUACAGAUGUCCCUUCUGUUCAGAUCUAUUCUAGUCGAGAACUUGAAGAAACGUUAAAUAAAAUCAGGGAAAUUUUGUCAGAUGACAAACACGACUGGGAUCAGCGUGCCAAUGCACUAAAGAAAAUUCGAUCAUUGCUUGUUGCUGGAGCUGCACAAUAUGAUUGCUUUUUCCAGCAUUUACGCUUGUUGGAUGGAGCGCUUAAACUUUCCGCUAAGGAUCUUAGAUCCCAAGUGGUUAGAGAAGCUUGUAUUACUGUAGCCCAUCUUUCAACAGUUUUGGGAAACAAGUUUGAUCAUGGCGCUGAAGCCAUUGUACCUACACUUUUUAAUCUCGUCCCCAAUAGUGCAAAAGUCAUGGCGACUUCUGGAUGUGCAGCAAUCAGAUUCAUAAUUCGGCAUACUCAUGUACCCAGACUUAUACCUUUAAUAACAAGCAAUUGCACAUCGAAAUCAGUUCCUGUACGGAGGCGUUCAUUUGAAUUUUUAGAUUUAUUAUUACAGGAGUGGCAGACUCACUCAUUGGAAAGACAUGCAGCUGUCUUGGUUGAAACUAUUAAGAAGGGAAUUCAUGAUGCUGAUGCUGAGGCCAGAGUGGAGGCAAGAAAGACAUAUAUGGGUCUUAGAAACCACUUCCCCGGUGAAGCUGAAACACUGUAUAAUUCCCUCGAGCCGUCUUAUCAGAAGAGUCUUCAGACUUACUUAAAGAGUUCCGGCAGUGUAGCAUCUCUUCCACAAUCAGACAGGUCCUCAUCUAGCUCCCAAGAAAGCCUCAAUCGCCCCUUUUCUGCAAAAUGGUCUACAGCAAACCCAUCUGCUGUGGCUGGAAGAGUAUCAGCAGGCAGCAGCAAAGCCAGCUCUCUUCCUGGAAGCCUGCAGCGUUCACGAAGUGACAUCGAUGUGAAUGCUGCUGCCGGCGCCAAGGCACACCAUGCUGCCGGGCAGGCUGCGCGAAGUGGCCGGUUAGGUGCAGGGGCCCUGAAUCCAGGCUCCUAUGCAUCACUAGGGGUUAUAAAAUCUUUUUCUGAUAUACCAAGUUUUCCUCUGUUCUUUGCUUGCUCUUUCAUCAAAGAGGAUACUUCUGACAAGAUGGAUGGAACAGCAUCUGAAGAUGGCCGGGUGAGAGCAAAGCUUUCAGCACCACUUGCUAGUAUGGGAAAUGCCAAGACAGAUUCCAGAGGAAGAAGUCGAACAAAGAUGGUGUCUCAGUCACAGCGUUCAUCAUCACCUGACAAAAAUGAAGCUGGCAGCCGGUCUGGGUCUCCAGGCAGAGUUCUGACCACAACAGCCCUCUCCACUGUGAGCUCUGGUGUUCAGAGAGUCCUGGUUAAUUCAGCCUCCACACAGAAGAGAAGCAAGAUACCCCGAAGCCAGGGCUGUAGCAGAGAGGCCAGUCCAUCUCGGCUCUCAGUGGCCCGAAGCAGUCGGAUUCCUCGGCCAAGCGUGAGUCAAGGGUGCAGCCGGGAAGCCAGCCGGGAGAGCAGCAGGGAUACGAGUCCUGUGCGCUCUUUCCAGCCCCUUGCCUCCAGACACCAUUCCAGAUCCACUGGUGCCCUCUACGCCCCCGAUGUGUAUGGGGUCUCAGGUCCGGGGUAUGGGAUCAGCCAAUCAAGCCGACUGUCAUCCUCGGUCAGUGCCAUGCGAGUCCUGAACACAGGUUCCGACGUGGAGGAGGCAGUGGCAGACGCCUUGCUCUUAGGAGACAUACGGACUAAGAAAAAACCUGCUCGAAGAAGAUACGAAUCUUACGGGAUGCACUCAGAUGAUGAUGCGAACAGCGAUGCAUCCAGUGCUUGUUCGGAACGCUCCUACAGCUCUCGGAACGGUAGUAUUCCCACAUACAUGAGGCAGACAGAAGACGUGGCGGAAGUCCUCAACAGAUGUGCCAGCUCCAACUGGUCAGAAAGGAAGGAAGGCCUCCUGGGUCUGCAGAACUUACUAAAAAACCAGAGAACGCUAAGUCGAGUUGAACUGAAAAGAUUAUGUGAAAUUUUCACAAGAAUGUUUGCUGAUCCUCAUGGCAAGAGAGUAUUCAGCAUGUUUUUGGAGACUCUAGUGGACUUCAUACAAGUCCACAAAGACGAUCUUCAAGAUUGGUUGUUUGUACUGCUGACGCAACUACUUAAAAAAAUGGGUGCUGAUUUGCUUGGGUCUGUUCAAGCAAAAGUUCAGAAAGCCCUUGAUGUUACAAGAGAAUCUUUUCCAAAUGAUCUUCAGUUCAAUAUUCUAAUGAGAUUUACAGUUGAUCAGACCCAAACACCAAGCUUGAAGACAGUCAAGCCAGCACUUCGGGACCAGCUUCACUCUUUUUGGAGCUCCAAGGUGAAGGUUGCUAUCCUCAAAUACAUAGAAACUCUGGCCAAACAGAUGGAUCCAGGAGAUUUUGUAAAUUCCAGUGAAACUCGCCUGGCAGUGUCUCGGGUCAUCACCUGGACAACAGAACCCAAAAGUUCUGAUGUUCGGAAGGCAGCGCAGUCAGUCCUGAUUUCCUUAUUUGAACUCAAUACCCCAGAGUUUACAAUGUUAUUAGGAGCUUUACCAAAAACUUUUCAGGAUGGUGCUACCAAACUUCUUCAUAAUCACCUUCGAAACACUGGCAAUGGAACCCAGGGUUCCAUGGGAAGUCCUUUGACAAGACCAACACCACGGUCACCAGCCAACUGGUCCAGUCCUCUUACUUCUCCUACCAAUACAUCACAGAAUACUUUAUCUCCAAGUGCUUUUGAUUAUGACACAGAAAAUAUGAACUCUGAAGAUAUUUAUAGCUCUCUUAGAGGUGUCACUGAAGCAAUUCAGAAUUUCAGCUUCCGUAGUCAAGAAGAUAUGAAUGAACCAUUGAAAAGAGAUUCUAAAAAAGAUGAUGGCGAUUCAAUGUGUGGCGGUCCUGGGAUGUCUGACCCAAGAGCAGGAGGUGAUGCUACUGACUCAAGCCAAACAGCCGUUGAUAAUAAGGCUUCACUGCUCCAUUCAGUGCCUGCUCACUCCUCUCCACGCUCCCGAGACUAUAAUCCAUAUAACUAUUCAGAUAGCAUCAGUCCCUUCAACAAGUCUGCCCUCAAGGAAGCCAUGUUUGAUGAUGAUGCUGACCAGUUUCCUGAUGAUCUUUCCCUAGACCAUUCUGACCUGGUUGCAGAGUUGUUGAAGGAGUUGUCUAACCAUAAUGAACGCGUAGAAGAAAGAAAAAUCGCCCUGUAUGAACUCAUGAAACUGACACAGGAAGAAUCUUUCAGUGUUUGGGAUGAACACUUCAAAACGAUAUUACUUUUAUUGCUUGAAACCCUUGGGGAUAAAGAGCCUACAAUCAGGGCUUUGGCAUUGAAGGUUUUAAGAGAAAUCCUAAGGCAUCAACCAGCAAGAUUUAAAAACUAUGCAGAAUUGACUGUCAUGAAAACACUGGAAGCACAUAAAGACCCUCAUAAGGAGGUGGUGAGAUCUGCUGAGGAGGCCGCGUCAGUGUUGGCCACUUCCAUCAGCCCGGAGCAGUGCAUCAAAGUGCUGUGUCCCAUCAUCCAGACUGCAGACUACCCCAUCAACCUGGCUGCCAUCAAAAUGCAAACAAAAGUGAUCGAGAGAGUGUCCAAGGAAACGCUUAACCUGCUUUUGCCAGAGAUCAUGCCAGGCCUAAUACAGGGUUAUGAUAAUUCGGAAAGCAGUGUUCGGAAAGCUUGUGUCUUCUGCCUGGUGGCUGUUCAUGCAGUAAUUGGUGAUGAACUAAAACCACAUCUCAGUCAGCUCACUGGCAGUAAAAUGAAGCUACUGAAUCUGUACAUCAGACGUGCACAGACAGGUUCUGGAGGAGCUGACCCCACUACUGACGUUUCCGGACAAAGCUAGUGAAGCCGACAGAAGUGAGCCAGGUCUCUCAAAGGAAGGACAGACAGACCACCCUCAUCAAUGAAAGGAAAUUUUCAAAUACAUCUUUUGAAACUUACCACUGUUUCCCAGUUUUAGUUUUUUGUUUUGUUUUGUAUUUUCCAUAACAGAGGACUAUCCUCAGUCUGCAUGUAACUUUUACAAUAGUUAUUCCAAAUUCAAGAAGAAGCAGUAUUAACAUCAGUUGAUCAAUACAAAGUAAUUUUGAAUCUAAUUCAUCAUUUCACACGUUUGUACUUCUUUGUCUUCCCAUUAACCUUUGCCAGUGUUACAAUUGUAUAAUUUUUUUUUUUUUUAAUGCUGGUUAAACAGGAAUGCUUAAAGCUUUAAAGUUUAACAGUCUAAAACAUUUUUUUUGGGCCUUUAUUCAAAUGCAGAAUAGUAUUUUUAUUGCUACUUUAAGUUUUGUUCCGUAUCAUGUCCUAUGCUAGAAAUACUGAAAUGAUGUGAAACAAAGCAGGACUGAUUUGAACUCCAGCUGGACUCUGUUGGUGUGAUGGUGAUACAUGUCGUUAGUUGCAACUUCUUUGGGGUGAUCUGUAGUUUAAAACUAAGACCUCAAAGAAACGUUACAGAACCAGCCAGUUCUGUAAAGCUGGUAUCGUUUGUUGGUUGUUGACCUUGCCACGUUUAUUUAAAACCAUGUCCCCUCUCUGAUCCCUUAAGAAAGCUGCACCAAAUCAUCAGCCUGUGUUUUUCUUGUUACUUAUUCAAGUAGAAGGUUUCAUUGCAGGGUUUUUUGGUUUGUUUAUCUUGGUUGUGAAUGAUGCUUUUUUAUUUAUUGAUAUCAAAUUCACUUAUGAAUAAACUUGAUAAUGGAAACAGACAAAAAGAAAGCAAGUGCAUGUGUGUCCUUGACCGUCCUCUGUUUCUCAUUUAAGGAACAAACUAAUGAUCGCGAAUGGGAGUCGACCAGCACCUUUUCUUUAUAUGGUGGAACCUGGUUUCCUUUUGCCAUGAAAUUGUCUUACUUGAAAACAUUGAUCCUGAUGAGAGAGAAGAUGGUGCCAAGGCUAUUAUUAUCUUCAUGUAAUGGGCUCAAAUUCUCUACCUCUUCAGGGCUAAUACUUUUAACUGAGCUGCUGCCUAUAUAGUGUCUUCUGGAAAACUACUAAAAGGGUGAUUUUCUGUUACUUUUUAACAAAUUUUUUAAUCACCUUUUGCUACACCUCUUAUUUUCAUGUGCAGCCAACUUUCAAAAAUUACCGGUUUUUGGUGAAAGGCAGAUUAGAUCAUAUGGAACCAGGAUACUAAUGAUUUCUUACCUUGACUUUUUUUUUUUUUUGAUCUUAACAUAAAGUGAAUUUGACUGGAAAGGCAAAUGGCUAUUAGGGAAGCAAUUUGCUGUUGUUAACAGAGUUAUCUGUACUUUCUUUGUUUAAUUGAAAAAAAAUGUAGAAAUGUAUGUAAAGAAUUUAAGACAAGAGUACUGAAUGGAUGAUUUGUCAUAGGCUUUUACCUUCCUUUGUUUUUGUUCUAGCAGCAGGAAAAUAGUUUCUCUACAUCACCCCCCCCCCUUACCUGUAACAAUUUUGUUUUCUACUGUUAAUUACAUUGUGUAUUUAUAGUUCUAUGCUUACUGUUGUGCAUAUACUGGCAAUAAAACUGUACAUAACAUUACUUGAAAAAAUUAA